AUGGUGUCUCUUCCACCGGUCGACACCUGGGACUCCAGCAUCGUCGUGCGACGCACGUUUAUCGAGGAGGUGGCCACGCCCAGAGCCGCCGACGGCUUGGGCAAGCGGUCCUGCUCCGACUCGGCGCUGUUCCAGAUGAGCGGGCAGCAGCACGGGCAGAGCGCGAAGGACGAGGCGGCGUGCGCUGGCAAGCACGCGAAGGACGAGGAGGAGGAGGAGGUGGAGUUCGAGCUCUGUGGCCUGUCCGACGCGGGGUCGGUCGACACCUGCCCGGAGCGGCUCAACGACGACGACGGCACCGCGGGAGCCCUGCCGUGCUAUGCGCACCUGCAGGAGGGCCUCGGCGCGCCCGCGGGCGCCACGGCGAGCUGGCCAGAGGCUCGAGGCUGGAAGAGGGCGGCAUCGGUCGCACCUGUCAACGCACCGAGCUCGGCAGUGGCCGAGCCACCGGCAGAGGCCGGGAGGAGUCAACCGGCAAGGACCGGGAAGAGCGGCCGCAGGCGCGGCAAAAGGAGUGAGGCAGCGGUCGAGACCAGGCGCAAGCAGCUCCAGUUUAAGCACGACUUGAGGGAUACAGGCAACAAGCUUCACGACCUCGCAUACAUCGAGGACCAUCCCUCGGAGAAUUCGUCGGACGCCAUCGAAGAGGCGAAGAAGGAGGUCCUAGACCGGAUUAUAGACCUCGAGCGUACGAGGCAGGAGUUCGCGGCUCGAAUGAGUCAGACCGUCGACGAGAUGCGGAGGCUGGAGAACGAGAAUCAGCGUCUUCAGCAGCAGGUGGCAGGAGGCCUCGCGGCAAUUCCGCAGGCGAUAGAACGCAUGGGCGAGCAGAUCAGAGGUGCGACGAACGCGGGAGGAUCCGCUCCCGGUCUCGUAGACACCAAGGGGAUUGGCAAGCCCACAACGAUGGGCGACGAUCAAGAGAAGUUCGGAGCUUGGAAUCGCAAGAUGGAGAACUACGUGAUAGGCGUGUACGGAGAGAGCUUUCGUCCUGUUCUUCGGUGGGCUGCAGAAGCCGAACGCCCCGUGACGAUCGAAGGGGCACAGGAGGCGCACGGCGGAGUACCAGAGCUGGAGACCAAGGUCAACCAGCUGUACGCGGCGCUGAUCAGCACGACGGCGGACGGCAGCGAGAGCAACGACCUCGUGACGGGCGCCCCCGACGGGAACGGUCUCGAGGCCUGGCGGAAGCUUCACCGCAGGUGGGACCCGACGACAGGUCCGAGGAAGAGGCUGAUCCUGAGGUCGAUCAUCUCGCCUCCGAAGUGCAACGCGGAAGAGCUGGGGUCCGCCUUAGAGAAGUGGAUCCAGCAGAUAGGCAGGUACGAACGCCGCCAAGGAGAAGACGGGCUGGCCGAGCUGCCGGAGGAUAUCAAGAUGGCGGCCCUCGAGAUGCUCGUGCCUCAGGACAUCGAGAACCACCUCGUACUCAACAAGCAUCGGCUCGUGACGUUCCAGGACAGUCUGAACGAGGUAAUGACGAUCGUAGAGGCUCGGACCGGCGUGAAGAUCAAGGCCGGCGGCAAGGCGGCAGGCAGCCUGGAGGAGGAGCCUGAAGCGGAGGUCGCCGCUCUGGACAUGGGCAGCUUGGACUGCCUGGAGCUCGCCAGCGGCAGCGGCCGCGGCGUAGCGGCGGUCGACCUCUCCCCCUUCGCGCAGGACGACUGGAUGAAGUUCAACUGGGACAGCGGUGCAGCUGUCUCAGCAUUCCCUCGGAGCUUCGCGCCGCCGACGGGAAUGAAGGGCAACGGCAGCACGUAUCGUACGGCCAGUGGUGAGCUCGUCCCGGACGAGGGCAGCUUGCAGCUCAAGGCGGAGGACGAGUACGGAGUGCUACGAGCGCUCAAGGGACGCGUGACGAACGUGCACAAGCCGUUGAUCUCGGUGGGGCAGGCAGCAGGAGCUGGACAGUGUUCAUUCCUAGGCCGCAAUGGCGGCUGGAUAUUCCACGAGAAGAGCCCAAUCGGCAAGCGCGUGGUAGGCAUGCUGGAGAAGGAGGCGAGGACGGCGAAGCACCAGAUGCUGCCGGUCUAUCGUGAGCAGGGCGUCUACAACUUCUACCUCAAGAAGGGCCAACAUGGCUCGGUUGCUCCUCUCGAGGAGGGACUUUCGGCGAAGUCGAAGUCCGAGCUGGUGGAGCUCCUCAGCGGCAAGUCGAAGGAGGAGCUGCUGGAGAUCCUCGAGAGCUGGUGUCGCGUGUGUAUUGCGGCAAAGGGCCAAGGCCAGCCGCAUCUCCGCGCACCGGAGGACGACGAGACAGCGGUGCCGGUGGUCUCGUCCGACUACGCCUUCAUGGGCCAGGACGACGCGGACACCAUGCCGAUGCUGGUACUUAGGGAUCGGCGCUCGAAGAUGAUGGCGGCGACAUUCGUGGAGAAGAAGGGCGACGACGCCUACGCCAUCAAGUUCUUCGCACGCUUCUUACGGAUCCUGGGCUACAGGAAGAUCGUCAACAAGUCCGACGGCGAGCCAGCGAUCCUGCUGGUCAAGAGGCGUGCGGUGGAGGAGGUUCCUGGCCUCGAGGCCAUUCCCCAGGAAUCGGCACCGGCCGAUCAUCAGGCCAAUGGGGAGAUCGAGGUCACGGUGCGCGAGAUCAAGAAGCAGGUGCGGGCGCUCAAGAUGGACCUGGAGUCCAAGCUGGGCGUCAAGGUGGAGGACAAGCACCCGGUGCUAGCGCACCUGCCGGAGCACGCCGCAUCGGUAAUCAACCGAUACCGGCGCGGCCAGGACGGCAAGACCGCUCUUCAGCGGCUCACGGGACGGCAGUGGAGGAAGCCGGUCCCGCUCUUCGGUGAACGCCUGAUGGUGCGGUUCGCCGGGGAGCGCGCGAGGAAGAACGCGCUGGAGGAGCAGAUGGUGGAGGCUCGCUACAUCGGCCACCACCCGCGCGACGGCUCGAUGAUGGUCAUCACGAGCGACGGUGUGAAGAAGGCGGUCGGCUUUCGCAGCCUGCCGCAGAGCGAGAAGUGGAUCACGGCGGGCUGGGACAGCCUGAAGGGCCUGCCGUGGGACGUGGCUCCGCGUGCGGCAAGCGCGCCGCGGGCCAUCGUCGGACCUGGAGAGGUCGGUCCGCCACCGAUUGUGGUGGUGCCGCCGCAGCCGCAGGCGCCGAGGAGGAUGUACGUCCUCAAGGCGGACGUCGAGCGGCUGGGCGCAACGCCAGGAUGCCCAGGGUGCGUCUCGAUCGCCAAGCACGGCAAGGUGCUGGCUGGCCAUGCGCACAACGCGGUGUGCAGCAAGAGAAUCUUCGAAGCGCUGGACGCUGAGGAGGCAGGCCGGGAGAGGACCGGCCAGUAUCGAGAGCGGAGGCAGGGCCAAGAGGCCAGAGUCCGACCAGCGGCAGCGGCCGCGGCAGGGACCCCUCCGCCGAAGACGGCUCGGAGGAUCACCGAGCCGGUGGCAGCGGCGGCGUCGGCGUCGGCCGCGCCGGCCGCGACCCGAUCGGCAGCAGCGCCAGCCGCGGCAGCCGCAGCGGCGCGCAUGCGAGAGAGCCAGCCGGUAGCAUCAGGCUCCGGCGUGGCGGCUCCUUCAGGAGGAGCGAGCUCCAGUUCGGGAGCAGUGCGAGCGGCAGAGGCCGCCGAGGAUGUCGACAUGACCGCGACCAGGUCGCGGCUGAAGCGCUUGGCGGAGGUGGCCCCGGAUGACGUGCCGGAGGCCCUCGAGCGCGGUGAUCCACAGCCGGCAGACGUGCCGGUACCGGUGGACAUGGAGGAUCUCGCGGCGCAGCCGGCGCCAGCGGAAGGACCUCAGCUGCCAGCUGGAGUGGCAGUCGUGUGGAACGCCAGUGAGGGGAGACACAUGCGGGUGCUCGCUCUCGACGUGGCGUCGAUCGAGCUGGUCGAGCUCGGAGUGCUGACGAGAGCGAAGGCGGAGUUGCUCCCGCUCGUUCGCGAACAGGUCAGCGGCCAUUGGGCCAGCGUCGGCGUGGACAUCGCCGACGAAGAGGUGGACAGCAUCGCCUUAUCGGCGUUGCAGCUGGGCGCCGUGGACGUGGCAGAGGUGUACUCGCCACAUCGGUUCUCGGCUCGGGCAGCGGAGUUUCAGCUGCGCCCGGGCUUCGCGGCGGACCUGGAGGAACUCAAGGAGGACGGGACGCCGUGGGACUUGCGGCGACCCGAGGAUGUCAAGGAGCUCGAGGAGCAGCAGGAGCGGAUGGAUCCCAUCCUGCUCACGGGGUCCCCUCCAUGCGAGAAGUUUAGCUUGCUGAGGGGCCUGAGCGCCAAGUUCAGGACCGAUGAGCAGGAGGCGGCUGAGAUGGAGGAGGCCAGACACCACCUGAAGGUGGCAGUCGACGCCUACUGGCGUCAGCUCAGGAAGCCAGGCAGGUACUUCCUGCAUGAGCAUCCCUGGAGCGCGCGAUCGUGGAAUGAGGACAUCGUCAAGGAGCUGGUCGCGCAUCCAGGAGUCUUCACGGUCAAAGGCCCCAUGUGUCGGUGGGGCAUGAAGCUCACGAACCCACGCAGUGGCCAGGAGGAGUUCGUGCGCAAGGAGACCGGAUGGGUCACCAACCACCCAGGCUUAGCCCGGAGGCUGCAGGGCACUUGCAGCAAUGUGGACGGCCGCGCGGAGUGGCAUCGCCACAUCACGCUCGUGGGCGGCAUCGCGCGGUUCGCGAAGGUCUAUCCACCGAAGUUGGUGGAGGCGGUGCUGGAGGAGCUCAAGGACACGCUGAAUGACGUGGGAGAGCUCAGCACCGCCCAGGUGCAGCAGUCGGGCCCAGUCCCUGUGGACGCGGCAGUGCCGCCCGGGGACUGGACGAGUUACUGGGACGACGUCAAUGGCGGCUACCUGGAGGCGGGCCUUGUGGCCCAGGCUCGCGCGGUCGAGCGCGAGUGGGUCAAGAAGCAGGAGCUGAUCGAGAUCGUCCCGAGGUCCCAGGCUUUCGCUGAGACUGGGCGUCCGCCCAUCCCACUCAAGUGGGUCGACACGAACAAGGGUGACGCGGAGAGGCCCAACUACAGGAGCAGGCUCGUCGUGAAGGAGAUCAAGGCGAAGAAGCGUCCUGACGAGCAGCUGGAGGCGUCCGAGGUCUUCUCGGCAAUGCCUCCUCUGGAGGCCAUGCGGUCGCUGGUCUCGCUGAUGGUCACGUGGACGCGGGAAGCACCGCUCCACAUUCAGGAGUCGCUUCGCAAGAGGGGCAGGAAGCCGGGCAACUUCAAGAUCGGCUUCUUCGACAUCAGCAGGGCGCACUUCUAUGGGAAGGCGCAGCGGAGGAUCUUCGUGGAGCUGGAGGAGGAGAGUCGCAAGGAGUACGGCGAGGACAAGUGUGGCUUACUCCUCAAGUCCUGGUACGGCACGCAGGACGCCAGCAAGAUCUGGCAGGGCGACUACACGGAGCUGCUGGAGGAACACGGCUACAAGGCGGGCGUGUCGUGCCCAGCGGUCUUCUACAAGGAGGUGGACGAGACGAGGCUGCUGGGGCACGGCGACGACUUCGCGGUGCUGGCUCAGCAGCAGGACAUCGACAGCUUCGAGGCCACGUUGGGCAAGAAGUACGAGUUCAAGAAGACUGCGAACCUCGGCUUCGACGAGGGCGAUGACAAGCAGGCGGUCUUCCUGAAUCGGGUCAUCGAGGUCAGUGCGGGAGUUCCGCCUGGCGGUGGCCGACCCUGCCGGCAUGCGCUGAUCGAGCCGGACAAGCGGCACGCGGAGAUCGUGAUCGACGAGUUGGGUCUCAGCAAGGCCAACGGCGUGGACACGCCGAUGGAGAAGCGCAGCGCCGACAAGCAGAUGAUGGAUGCGAAGUCGGCGGCGCUGGGAGCAGCGGAAGCUUCGCGCUUCCGAUCCCUCACCAUGAGGGUGGCCUACCUGUCUCAGGACAGGCUGGACUUGGCAGAGGCAUCGAAGACGCUCGCUAGGUCCAUGCAGACGCCGACGGAGGCGAGUUGGCUCAUGCUCAAGAGGGUUGGCCGCUACCUCAAGCGGCAUCCUAGCACGGUGACGGUUUUCACGGAGCAGAAGAUGUUCGACAAGAUCCGGGUGUGCGUGGACUCCGAUCAUGCGGGCUGCGCAGUCACUCGGAAGAGCACCGGAGGCUUCGUGGCGAUGCUGGGGCAUCAUGUCGUCAAGCAUGGCAGUAAUCUGCAGUCGACGGUUUCUUUGAGCAGCGGAGAGAGCGAGUACUACGCCCUGGUGAAGGGCGGGAGCGUGGGCCUGGGUCUUCACAGCCUCUUCGCGGACUGGGGGCUAGACCUGAAGGUGGAGCUCGCCUCAGAUUCAUCGGCGGCCCGGGGCCACGUCCAACGGCGAGGUCUCGGGAAGAUGCGACAUGUUCAAUCACGAUACUUGUGGAUCCAGGAGCGCGUGGGUAAGGGCGACCUCUCGAUCGCCGCGGUUCCUGGUAAGAACAAUGUCGCGGACGUGCUGACCAAGAGCGUGGGCUUCGGACUCCACAUCUUCUGUCAUAUCGGCGCCCUGGGCCUGGCGCGCUGGUGGUGGACUUCGCCGGUGGCGCUGGCGCCUCAGGCCGUCGCCAACGAGCGGCUUGCGCCUGCCACCGCGGGUCCCCUCGGCCUUGAGCUUGGGACCGUGGUGCCCCUGGCGGAGUGCCUCGCCGUGGUGCUCGAGGCGCAGGGGGCGGCGCCGGUCUGCCCCGACCCGUGUACCCCUUGCCCAGCCUGCGAGGCAGGGGAGGCGAGCUGGGGCUUCCAGCUGGGUGUCGGCGCGGUCGCCUUCGUGCUGGUGGAGGCGUUCAAGGCCGCCGUGCGGGUGAUGGGCAGCGCGCUGCGCUGGCUGUGCCGCUGGCAACGGCCGCUAGUCGCCCUGGCCGAGACACCGAGGUUGGUAACGGUUGCGAGCGUCGGGCUGGAGAGGCUGGCGGCAGAGCAGGCCAGGGCGAGGCGUUCCACGCCGUCCGCUACUGGCCCCGUCAUUCGGCACGAACGGCUCACGAUCGCGGAGCGUUGGGCGCUAAGCUUCGUGCUGAUGCCCAAUUUCGACGACUACGACGGGCCGAACUCGCUGGGGCCAGACGUGACGGUGUUGCGCAUCCCGGGGCAGGGCGCCAGCCCGCUCGCGCUAGCUGGCGGGCACGUGCACCGGCUGGCGACAGCAGCAGGGUUCCUGGCCCCGCCGCCGCGCCCGCUCCGGCUGGACCUCGCGGUCGGCAGCGCGGCAGGCGCGCCGCCAGGGCAGCGCGCGCUCCACGACCCCGGUGGAGGCGCGGCGCCAGGGGCUGCAGGCGCAGGAGGGAUCGCCGCAGGCGGUCCGCCGGCCGGGGCGUUGGUGGCGGGGCCUCCCGCGGCGGGAAGCGGGCUCGCCAGCCUGGUGGCAGCGCUCGGCGGCCUUGUGGUUCGAUACAACUAG